AUACACUCGCUAUCAUUUUUUGGAGCUGCCUCGUCCUGCACCGCCGACCAUAGUUGUUUUGCCGUCUCCAUACAGUGUGAGCUGAGUGGUGGAAAGGUAAUGUAAUGUAAUGUAAUGUACCUUGCCGUGGUCACUGACGGGUUCACGCCAGUUCACCGGGUUCACUUGAGGAGAGCUCCCACCCCCUGCUCGCCUCCUCUUCUUCUCCAAACGCAACGAUCGGAGCUAAUCCAAUAUUAUUCAUUUAUAUAUUCAUGUCGGAUUCCAUUUUUUCCCACCGACUGUUGAGGUUCCCUGGGAGCUGUUAAACUUGUCCAUGUGACAGGAGUCCUGCAGUGGCAGACGGCAUGAAACAACACUGUGAUAUCAUAGUGGCUGGUCCAUGACACUAAACUCCAUUCAACCCUCUCCACUCUCCACCCGCCCUCUGUUCUCAUCAUACCGGACAAGCAAACACUCACUCUCCCAUCUACACAAAGCUGCACAAUGGCCAGCAAGAGGAAAUCCACUGUACCCUGCAUGAUACCAUCGAAAUCCAAACAUGUGCGUGAGGAAAUCAUACUGGGCUCACUACCAGAACUCCUACCAACAAUUCCAGAAGACAGCAUACUCAGCAUCUCUGGAGAAAAGUCUGGCCAUUUCUCUCAUAGCUCCUCCAAAUCCGAAAGUGGCAGCGAGAUGCAGAAAGGAGGUGCAUACAGCUGUCCAAAGUGCCGUUUCGAGUCAAGAGAUCUAAACUACUUUUUGGAUCACAUGCACAACUGCCACUUAGACUUCAGGGCACAGCCCACUUUCUACUGCCUGAACUGUGGGGUGUCAGUCGUCCGCUUUGAGGCUCUGGCUCUCCAUAAUGCUACCGCCCACCCUAAGAUAAUGGAGGGCUUGGUCACUGCCUCCCUGACUGUCAACAAGAGGGAUGGAGUAACAACAGUGCAGCAGAGCCUCUUCACAGACAGCGGAGAAGACUACAGAGAAUCUGGGAUCUCCCUAACCAAAACACCAAUUGCAAAGAUGAUGAAAGCCAAGGGGGAGCACAAAAAGAUUGUGGUUUCUCACACCGUGGAGGUACGGAGGAUAGACACUGGAAAGGAUGUAGACCCCAGUAUGCUGACAAAUGUGCCUGAACUCCAAAACGGGGCUCUCAGUCUUUCUGGCGCCCCAGCUAUGCCGAUGACAACUGUCACUCACGUGAUGAAGACGACAGUGUCCAACCCAGUCUUUCACCAGCACACUCCCUCCCUUUACUCCCCUCCCUCCUCUGGUUCCAAUAAAGACCUUCCAAAGGUGAUGAUCCCCCUCAGCAGCAUCCCCACUUACGAUGCCGCCAUGGACACCAGCAGCUUUCUCAAGACAUCCUUUGGCAAAUUCCCAUACCCGACCAAAGCCGAGCUCUGCUACCUUACAGUGGUCUCAGAGUUCCCAGAGGAGCAGAUCAAACUGUGGUUUACUGCCCAAAGGCUCAAGCAGGGCAUAAGCUGGUCUCCCGAAGAGAUCGAUGAGGCCAGGAGAAAGAUGUUCAACACAGUGUUCCAGGGAGGAGCACCUCAAAAGCAACCUGCUGCACAACGGCAAGUUAAUCACAUUGUAACCCACCACACUGUCCACGGAGGCUCAAAAGGACCAAACUGUCAGAUGGCCAAAGUUCCCUAUGGCAGUAUGAAAACCAGGCCUGUCGGAGUCACGGCCACACAGGCAAGCAUGUCAACCAACCCCAAUGUGACUAGGGUCUCGUAUUCUACUCCAAUUGUCCCGCCAAAGUUUCCAUCCGUAGUCAGAACACCACAAGUACUGACCAAGAAUAUUCAACCUACUGUGGAGCCACACAAGAGCAAUGGCCUCAGCCUGGAUAUGGCUGGCAACAGCGGUUGUGUCAGUAGCACCAGCAGCAGUCGAAGCAGCAGUAGCAGCAGUAGUUGCAGUAGUAGCAGCAGCAUCAGCAGCUAUUCCAGCAGUAGUAAUGGUGGUGAGACUGUCAACAGGAAACUGGCGAAUAACAGCAGCCUAAUCAACAGCGUCGCCACUUGUUAUACCAACAUUGGCAAUAAUGAUGAGCACCGUGUUGCUGACUCCAAUAGCAAAGCAAACGUCCAAAGUAACAGUUCGUCAAUCGAAUUGGAAGGUUCAAACAGCACCAAGAGUCAAGUGAUCAUCGACAACACCAGCAAAUCCAACAUCACCUGUAACAAUCACAACAGCGGCAUCAUCAGUCCACAAGAGCAGGCCCACGCCGCCAAGCUUGACAGCAGUAUUAGCAAUGAAUACCCCAGUACUACCUGUAAAGACAGUGUCCCUAAUCUUAACCACGCCAGCAAAUCCCCAACUGAAAGCACCAGCACCACUGUCAUUACAAAAAGUAGCUCAUCUAUUUUAGACGAGGGUAAAUGCAACAAGGACUUUCCCAUAAAAGGCAUGUCGAUCCUACAGCAACUCAUCAAUGAGGAGGACCCUUUUGCUGGCAACAGAAGCUGCCCAGAGCUGAAGAUUGACCCCAUCAAGAUCAACUUCAAGAGGCUGAAGAUGAACGAACCAGAUACUACAUCUGAGAUUGUUCAUAACGAUCAUAAGUCUGAGAUAGCUGAGGUGCCGUCUUUCUCCCCACCCUGGGCCAACAAGACGCCCCAGCAGCUGCACACCCUCCGACAAGUUUUCUCCAACACCCGCUGGCCCAACAGUCAGCAGUACGAGGACUUGAGCGUGCAGACGGGCCUCCCCAAGUCAGAGGUGGUGCGCUGGUUCAGCGACAGCCGGUACAGCCACAAGAAUGGGCAGCUGAAGUGGCUGGAAACCUAUCAACGACCGCCGGCAGUAACAGAGGAAGUGCGGAGCUACAGAGACGCCGAAGCCGGGUCACCGAAGGACUCUCCAGCAACCAAGAAACUUGUUGAGCAAGACGUAAACAAGCACCUUGAAGGAGAAGCAGGACUGAACUCAGGGCAGCGGGUUGUGUGGCAGGAUUCAUACUCACCGCUGCUGGGUCUGAUGGGGUCCGAGGGGAGAGUCGAGCGAGGCCGAGCUGAGGAGUCAGCGCAGCCUGGAGUCCAGCAGGAUCCCUGGUCAGAGAGAGCUGAGGACCACCAGCAGCCGGUGGCCAGUCAGUCACUCAUUGAUCAACAGACUGACACCAAUCAGGCCAGGGAUUGCCUGAGGAUGGAGCUGCUGGAGGUGUGAUGAAGCAGGCCCGACCGACCUCGCCAGAGGAACAUGUGGUUUAAAGGCUGGCUCAUUCCCCUGGCCGAGGUCUAAGAAGAGUGUUCAUAAUGACAGCAGAUGUGAUUGUAGCUGGACCGUUGGACUCUGACUGUAACUGUGAAUACCCCCCACCCCUCCUCCUUCUCCUUCUCCUCCACCUCCUCUUCCAUCUGCCAUCACUUCCUGCCAUCGUCAAAAGAAAGAACUUCUCACCUUUGAGUCCUGUGAUGUUUAAGCCUUUCAUGCUUCUUUGUGGUUGUGUAGGGAGGGUGCACAAUGAGGUCAGUACGAGGGAUCAAAGAAAAGAAAGAGAAAAGACGCACACUGACUGGAAAACUGACUUGAAUGAGCGAGGAUAGGAUAGGGCCGUGAGAUAUUGCUUUUGGGUCAGAGGGAGAAAUAUAUAUAUAUAUAUAUAUAUAUAUAUAUAUAUAUAUAUAAAU